AUAAUAAGCAUUGUGUAUUGUGUGAGUUGUUCACUGGGUGUUUGAUUGUGAAUGCGUGUCACUUUUGGAGUUGCUGUUCCAAUUGGUUUUUUGGUGAUUUUUGGGUAGGAAAAAGUGUGAUUUAGCGUGUGAAAAUCGUGCAAAGGAAUGGCUGAUAUAGUUGAGAAUGUGGUGCAGCAGGCGGCAGAGAACUUAACAGAGACCACAGCGUCAAGCGGGAAGCCACCAGCCACUUUCGAAGGAACCGCUGUGGCAUAUGGGAGUCUCGUUGUAAUGGCAAUGCUACCCAUCUUCUUUGGCUCCUUCAGAUCCCUCAAGGGUGCCAGCUCGCGAGUGCCCGAGCGGAUGAACACAAAGGAUGCAAUGAUGUUUCCUGUGAUAGCUUCCCUCUCCCUCUUUGGGCUCUAUCUAUUCUUUAAGAUCUUCUCCCAAGACUAUAUAAACCUCCUCCUAACUGGCUACUUCUUCUUCCUGGGCGUUCUAGCGCUCUCCAAUAUGAUGAGCCCCGUGAUUAACGUACUGGUACCCACCUCCAUACCCAACAUCCCUUUCCAGCUGCAAUUCACACAGGGCGAGGGUGCUCAGAAGGAGGAUAUAAUUAAUUACAAGUUUACUUCUUACGACGUGGCAUGCCUCGUGAUCUCCACGGUGAUUGGUGUGUGGUAUUCUCUGCAGAAACACUGGAUUGCCAAUAACCUGUUCGGAGUGGCAUUUGCUGUGAAUGCCGUUGCACUACUCCGGCUGAAUAAUGUCGUGACUGGAUGCAUCCUUCUGGGAGGCCUCUUUGUCUAUGAUAUCUUCUGGGUCUUUGGCACAAAUGUCAUGGUCACAGUGGCCAAGUCAUUUGAGGCACCGAUCAAGUUGGUCUUCCCUCAGGAUCUUCUCACAAAUGGUCUCAGCGCCUCCAACUUUGCCAUGCUGGGACUCGGAGAUAUUGUCAUCCCUGGCAUCUUCAUUGCCCUUCUGUUGCGCUUCGACGUCAGCUUGAAGCGCAAGAGCAAACUCUACUUCUACGCCACUUUCAUCGCAUACUUCCUGGGACUCAUGAUGACCAUCUUUGUGAUGCACGUGUUCAAACACGCGCAGCCGGCACUACUCUACCUCGUUCCCGCCUGUAUCGGAACACCCGUGGCUCUAGCGCUCGUCAAAGGAGACAUCAAAACAAUGUUUGCAUAUGACGACAAUCCGGAAGAGAAGACAGCAACAACUGAGAAGAAAAACAGCAGCAGUAGUGGCAGCAAGAAAGAAGCCAAGAAGACCAAGUAGACAAAUCCUUUAAAGAACAUCUCUCAAGACUUCCUGGCCGGCAAAGAUCUCCGGAACAUGUGCGUGUGUAUUGUGUGUGUUAAGAACAUGGACGUUGGAUCGUGAUUGAAAUUGUACGGGAGAAUAUCUAAAAAAAAAAAAAUAUAAACUAGGACACUGCGAAAAAUCGCGCACAAGUCUUCA